AUGAGUUUUACUGAUUUACGUACUGUGGAUGGUGUGGUAUACAACUCAUUCAAGGAAACAUGCUAUGCUUUGGGACUCCUACAAGAUGACAAGGAAUUUGUUGAUGCAAUUCUAGAAGCAAGCACUUGGGCGUCUGGAAACUACUUACGAAAUCUGUUUGUUGUGUUGUUGAUUUCUAAUAACAUAUCUAGACCUGAAUUGGUAUGGCAGCAGUGCUACCAACAAUUAUCUGAAGAUUUGUUAUAUUCACAUAGAAUUUCAACACUUAAUCCAGACAUUCAGCUUAGUGAUGAUCAACUACUGAAUAUGACUCUUUCAAAGGUUGAGAUGAUGUUGCAAGCUAAUGGUAGGUCACUUCGAGAGUUUAAUGGUAUUCCUCUCCCUGAUUUAGAUAUCAUUGAUGGCUUGGAUGAUCGGAUAAUAGCUGACGAGCUAACUUUUGAUAUUGUUGCCCUAAGGGACGAAUUAGAAGUUAUGUUGUCCCAAAUGAACUGUGAACAACAAAAUGCUUUUCAUAGAAUAAACGAAGCCGUGAAUAAUAACCUUGGUGGUUUUUUCUUCAUAUAUGGUUAUGGUGGAACAGGUAAGACAUUUCUAUAUAGGGCACUUUCUGCAGCUAUUCGUGUCAAAGGAGAAAUUGUUCUUAAUGUUGCCUCAAGUGAAAUUGCAUCUCUUUUGCUUCCAAAAGGUCGUACAGCUCAUUCUAGGUUUAAGAUACCUUUGGAACUUCAUGAAGAUUCUGUAUGUAGUAUAAAACAAGGGUCUCCGCUUGCUAAGUUGAUUUGCAAAGCAAAGCUUAUUAUAUGGGAUGAGGCUCCGAUGCUAAACAAGAUUUGUUAUGAAGCACUCGACAAGUCUUUCAAAGACAUACUUAGAUCUUCAUCAUCAUACAAUGAAGACUUACCCUUUGGUGGUAAGGUAGUCGUACUUGGAGGUGACUUUAGACAGAUUCUACCUGUCAUACCUAUGGGAUCUAGACAAGAUAUUGUACAAGCUACAAUUAACUUAUCUUAUCUGUGGUCAUCAUGCAAAGUAAUUACUCUUUCUCAGAAUAUGCGUCUUACAGUUGGUGUGCCUGAAUCUGAUUCUAUUGAAAUCAAACAAUUUGCUCAAUGGCUUCUUAGAAUUGGUGAUGGUCUUGAAGGAGAUUCAAUUGAUGGUGAGUCUGAGGUCAAUAUUCCAGAAGAAAUUCUAAUUAAGGACAAUGCUGAUAGCUUUGACAAUAUCAUUAGAUUUGUAUAUCCUGAUAUACUUACUAAUUUGAAGCAGUCAACUUUUUUCAAGGAGAGAACCAUUCUUGCUCCUACACUAGAUGUUGUGCACGAGGUAAAUAAUCAUAUAAUGAAGCAUAUUGAAGUAGACGAGAAGGUUUAUCUGAGUUCUGACUCCAUGUGCGUUGAAGAAGGUAGCAUGGAGUCAGAGCUUGAUACAUUUACUCCUGACGUACUAAAUGCAAUUAACUGCUCAGGUUUACCACCUCAUGAACUUAUAUUAAAAGUAGGUGUUCCUGUUAUGUUACUAAGAAAUAUUGACCAAUUUAAUGGACUUUGCAAUGGUACAAGAUUAUAG